AGACAAACUGGACAACUUGUGGAACGACUUCUUGGACAUUCUUAGUGAAAAAACUGGUGAAACACUUGAUUAUGGUAUUCAUGCGCAAUAUCCCGGAUACGGUCCAGAUGGAGACCACGGCUACAAUGGAGGAGAGGGUUAUGGUGGCAGAGGUCAAGGUUAUGGUGAAGGGUGGAAUGGAGGGAAGGCUAUGGUGAAGGCAAUGAUGAUGGGUAUGAAGGAGGUUACGGGGAAGGUUAUGGUGGGGGUUUAUAGAGGAGGGUAUGGAGGAGGUUUUAGAAGGGGAAGAGGAAGAGGAAGAGGCAGAAGAGGGGGAGGUGGUGGAGGCUACGGUGGUGGAGACUUUGGGCCACCAUAUCG